AGAAGAUCAAGGCGGCGGGAAGAAUUCGCCGGCGCGGCCUGCAGACGGGAAGGCCGGCGGCGUCGGCAAGGAUGCCUCAGGCUUUUCGGUCCAAGCUAGGUAGCGCAGUCUCGCAUGGUGGCUCCGGUUGGGCUCAGAGGGGAUUUGCUGGAGUCAGGCACCGAGGUGCUUGGGUCAAAGAGAUGAUGCGCAUUUGCAGCAAGUGCACUUCCGUCGGCAUGAGGACUCUGUUGGAAUUGGUUGCAGCACUGCGAUUUACUUCCGGUAGCAGAUUAUAGAGACGAGUCGUGUGAAUCUUGGCUUCAUGUACAGUUGACACGUACAAAGAGUACAGGACUUUUAACACAGAACUCGUACAGCAGCCUGCUUGCUGACUGGAAACAUGCACUUGCAAAAGUGAGAACCGGUGCCGUGAGACUCUUUCAAUGGACCUGCAAUAUGGAUCAUGUUUGAUUCAACUUGACUUGCUGCCGCCUGCAAACUUGGAAGUCUAAUCUGGGCUGGGUUAGACGCAGAAUUAUGCCUGCUCAAACAAAGAAAACUGGCUGAUGCAGAGGUUCACAUGCCAUCAGCUUGUUCCCUGGGAUGUUCUGGUGGGAAAGUUUGCAAGCCUUGCGGUGUACGUAGGCAUUUUCGAUUUGUUUGCUGCUUGUUGCUUUAGGGAGGGAGUACUUCCCACUGUUGUUGUCGUGACUGUUAAAUCAGCGAGGUGCACAUUAACUUGCAAAGGUCCAUUAUCAGACAGAACAUAUCAAAAAUAGCAUGAAAGACAUGAACAAGGUGUCGUGCCCAAUCAAGACUGAUCUUACGUGCUUUAGGAUUAUAGACCAGCUUUGCUCAAGUAAAGUAAAAAAAUUGCCAACAUCGGACUUGUGUAUGUAAGCCGCAAAUUU